AUGGCUCUCAUCAACCCAGUCUACGCCCUCAUCGUGCCUUUCCUCUUUCUCUUUACUGUCCCGCUUGCCAUCUUCGCCGGCAUCACAACGACGCUUGCCUUCACGGUUCUCAUCUUCCGAGUGAUACUCGUGUAUUUCGAUCUCGCCCUCUCCCUCCUGCCGUCAUACAUCACCGGCCGCCCCCAGUACCUGUCCUAUGCGUCCAAGGCUCCGGCGUCCGGCAGCCCCUCUCCAUCCCUAACACCCACCCGGCGUUCGGCUUCGCGUCGCACAAGACGUCCAUCAUCGGCGUCUGCCGUCUCCGUCGGCACAAUAACACCCAUUUCAGAGUCGGGCGGCCUUGGCCUCUUCCCCUCUGUCGGAAUCGACCGUGACUACGAAGGCGUCGGCGGCUGGCGGCUAGGGAACGGCAACGACGAUGAGUUGUGGAUGACAAUCAACUCACGUCUCGAGCUGCCUGAUCGCCAAUAUCAACGACACCACCACCGGAGCCCAAGCGGCGGGCCUACCACCCCUGGCGGUGGUGAUGGCUACCUCAUGAUGAAGGGAGGCCGCAAUCGGAGCCCGGAAAGCAAUCGCGGCGGCUUCACUGCAAUCGUGUCACCGAACAGCUCCCGGGCGCGCACCCCGACAAACUCACACAUCGCUUUUACGGCGCUUGACGGCAUGGACGGAGACUACUUCCCAUCUUUAUCAUCGCCAAAGGCUGCGAGGAAAGUUGCCGUGGCAUGA